AGCGUUUCCCGCCGGACGCGCGAGCUGUGCUGUUUGUAGGUUUACCGCUCGUGUUCUCUGAGAAAAAAAGUCGCGUGGAGAGAAGCGUUUAGGUUGAGAUAUAAGUUUAAGACAAAAACGAACGAUCCCGUUGGUUUAUACGACGAAUCUGACCAUGACCAUAGUGGUUCUGCGUUUGCAAGGUUUAAACACAAAAGCAGGAUCUGAAGACAUACGAAGGUUUUUCCAUGGUUUGCACAUACCUGAGGGUGGUGUACAUAUCACCGGUGGCAAGAUGGGUGAAGCUUUCAUUAUUUUUAAUUCAGAGAGAGAAGGUCAACUAGCCAUGCGCUACUCUGGAAAACUCCUUAGAGGCUCUUGUAUUUCAUUAUAUAUUAGCAGUCUGGCUGAACUCAAGAGAAAAAUGGAGUUGAGAUUAAAGAAACCAAAGUCCACAGCAGUGGAGACUAAAAGGGUAACAUCCUCGCCACCUGACACCAACAGAGCUCUUUUGCUUAGUCUAAUGACUGCCAUUCAAGGACUGCAUUCAGAUGAAAAAGUGGAUCAAUGCCAAGUGCCCGGAAAUUUCAAUCAAAACGUUCCAGAAACAAAUAAAUGGUCCUCAACUGACAAUCAAACAAUUGUGGAUGGUCAGCACGGUCUAACUCAUGACAUGGAAACUAAGGAGCAGAAAAGCAGAGAAAACCUAAAUUCCUGUAAGCCAGGCUACCUUCGGCUUUAUGGAUUUCCUGACUCCGUUCCCAAAGAAGAGAUCUACCAGUUCCUACUGGGACUCCCCGUGUUGGAGGUCAUCACAAAAGUUCGACUGCAGCUGGGUUGGUGUUGUCUGGUGAAGUUGACCAGUUUCGCAGAUGCUGAAGAGGGGCUGAAAUACAGCCACCGAAAAUUCAAAGAAUACAAUGUUGCGGUCAGACUUGCCCAUGAGAAGAUGUGGACAGACGCUGUGGAGCAGUCCAAAAAUUCAGUGCAAAACGCCAAUCCUCACACUUUCUCAGAGCAAAGGGAGGUUAACGCAGAAAGAAAUGCAAUCAGAGGUUUCGCAACCAAAAGAAGUGCCGAGGAGUCGCCUUCACCUGGAUCGCCAAAGAAAUUCUGCAGAAACGUUUUAUCCCCUCAAACAGAACUUUGUGUUAUUGUCAAUCAUCUUUCAAAGAACAUAACCAAAACGGAGAUCAAGACGAUUUUUGGCUGUUACGCAAUCCCAAACUACAGAAUAAAACAUUUAUUAAAUAAGUGGGCAGAGAGGACAAGCACUGCAUUUAUCACCUUUGAGCAUGAAGAAGACUAUGCUUCAGCUCUAAAAAUGAAUGGCACAACUGUUGGCUUAAAGAACAUUGAAGUGUCACCCAUUGCUAAAGAAGAAAUGCUUGCUAUACUUAGCAGAAACAGAUGUACUAAAGCCCGGAGGCCACCACCUUAUGGAAAUUCACAUUUUGCCAUGUCAUGUGUAUACGCACGAAAUUUUCGUGCAGAUGUCAGGAAAGAAGAGGUGAGAGACUUUUUCAUGCGCUUCAAUGUCUGUGAAGAUGCAAUUGUUUUGCUUGUGGACAGCCAGGGCAAUGGUGUCGGGGAAGCCAUUGUGCAGUUUGCAUGCGAGGAAAUCGCCAAACAGGCCCAGAGUCUCCAUGGCAAGUAUUUCAUGGGAGCAAAAAUUCUACUUGCUUGUAUCACACCUCAACAGAGGGAGAAGAUACUUGGUACGUGGUGAACAACUUGAGAAGUGAGAUGUUCAGUAGUGCAAACUCCUGGUGAAAAUGUCAAGGAGGACAACUACAUCAUUUGAAGAUCCAGCGGAAGCUUUAUCAUUAGCUCUGUGAGCUGUAUUAAAAAUAAAAACUUUCAAGAAUGUGCUCAGGCAAUAUAGGUACAACGGCUGAUGCCCAGAAAGGAUUUUUGAAUACCACGUGGAAGGAGUGUACCUAAAAAGAAAGAAAUUGGACCUCACUGCUUUUCAUACAGUCCAGUGGUUGCCAAAGUUUAAUAGUCAACAUUUAAAGUGGAUGAAAAUAAUUAAAGUUGUCCCAAGACAAGAACGGGUAUUGUUUUGGUUUUAGGACAACUUUGAAAGGUUUUGAUCCACUUCAAGUAUUGACUGUGUUUAGGUCUGCUACAAACUGAAAAGUAAUAUCCUUUUAUUUCACAUUUUGCACUUUUACCUUGGUUGUAACUGCAGAACAUGCAGCUUUCUGGCUUCUAUUAAAAAUAGAUAUCACAUCUUGUUUUGCAUAUACAUUUUUUCUUUUUUUUCAGUUUAAUUGUGUAUAUAUUUGAAGUUUAACGGAACAAAUAUCUGUGGGGAUGGGUCUAAUUGAUUAAUUUUUUUAGUUUUGGCCUCUGCAUUUCUGUUAGUAAAAAAAAAAAAAACUAAAAUAUUUUGAGUUGUUUGAUGUCUUAAUGACCAGAAAUUUGUUUUUGAUUUCAAAUGUAUAUUAAUUAUUAAACCUAAUAGAAAUGUGACUUGCAAUCUCAA